UCUCUCACACACAUCUACAGUCAUUCUCUCCCCGGGGGUAUUAUUCUGAGUCAGCCAGUAGCAAGCUGUGGUUUGUUGUUUGUGGUCAGCCCAGCUGUAUGGGGUAGUUGUAGCUGUCAGAGACUGAUCAGCUCUCCAUGGCCUGUCGUCCCUCCGGCUCUGGCUCCUAUACCGUGGUUAUCAUCCCGCUCAAGACCAGCCUGUACAGUGUGGACGCACUUCGCUUCUACCUAUGGAUUAAGCAGCUGAAGGAUCUGGAGAAGGAGAAGGAUGCUCUGUGGUCUGGUCUGGAGAUUCUGGAGAAGGCUCGGCUCUGGUACCUCCAGCGGCUGGAGGAGAACAGGGCUCGGCAGGACAGCAUCGAGAGCAGAAGUGGGUUUGCCUCCAGAAGGGAAGAUGGAGCAGAGGCUCGGCCCUGCCUCCUCAGGUCUCGUAUCCAGCGGGUGAAUGGUUCUCUGGGCUCUGUGAUGAGCGAACCCAACGCCAUGAGCAGCAGCAACUCCUCUCUGCCCGAGGCAGCGGCAGACAGGGACAUCCGGUGGCACAACUCAGUACUAACUCAGGAGGUGAGGGACAAAAACUGUCAAAUAUCCCUGCUUGAACAGGAAAAACAUGCUCUCCUCCGUAAACUGAAGAACUGCUGACUAUAAGCCUACAUGUAUAUUGCACCCCAAACUUAUAUUUAACUGUAUG